GUGCUGCAAUCGACUACGGCAAUCGUCUGCUGCUGAAUGAACUUCCUCAUAAACAUUGUACUACGUCGGUCGCCGGCUACGAGUCGAAACAUCUGUUGCGGAGUUUAUUUUUAAAACACCGCGCUGUCACAUAAUAGCCGUUCUCUUGCAGUCCUCGCAGCUCGCUCUCUGUACACAUACUACACACAUACACGCACCCAAUGGCACACGCACUAUACUCCGUAAUCCUUCGUUCUGCUUUCUCGAAUCCGUGACGUUCGUGCGUGUGCCGAGAACGCGUAUUCUCCCCCCAUGAUACAUGCGAUAUAAUACGUGCUCCGUAAAAGCAGCAGUGAACGCACCGCAGCAGAGUCAGUUCUCAAGCAGAGCGGAGUUUAUAAGUCAUUGCUUAUCGAGCACCGAGUACGAACGCAUUGAAAAUGGCGGCUGUCGAUGUCGAGCGCGUAAAGUUGGAAAAUACCAUCCGUAACUUGAAAUUAUCUGGACAUGUUGGUUUUGACAGUCUUCCGGAUCAGUUGGUGAGCAAAUCAGUUCAGAAUGGAUUCAUUUUUAACAUACUUUGCAUUGGUGAAACUGGUCUUGGAAAGUCCACCCUUAUGGAUUCACUGUUCAAUACCAGCUUUGAAUCUACGCCGAGCCCACAUAAUUUACCUGCAGUGAAACUGAAAGCUCAUACCUAUGAAUUGCAAGAAAGUAGUGUUCGUCUAAAAUUGACCAUCGUUGACACGGUUGGCUAUGGUGACCAAGUGAAUAAAGAGGACAGUUUUAAAUCUGUAGUUGAUUAUAUCGAUGCUCAAUUUGAAGCUUACUUACAAGAAGAACUGAAAAUCAAACGUUCGCUCCAUACUUACCAUGAUACUCGCACUCAUGUGUGUUUGUAUUUCAUUUGCCCGACUGGUCAUGGGUUAAAAUCAAUAGAUCUUGUUUGUAUGAAAAAGUUGGAUACUAAAUGUAAUAUUAUUCCCAUUAUUGCCAAAGCUGACACCAUUUCAAAAACUGAAUUGCAAAAGUUCAAGAGUAAAAUAAUUAGUGAGCUACAAAGUAAUGGAGUGAAUAUAUAUCAAUUCCCAAUUGAUGAUGAAAGUGUUGCUGAUGUAAAUACACAAAUGAAUGCUCAUGUACCUUUUGCUGUUGUUGGUAGCACAGAUUUUGUUAGAGUGGGAAAUAAAAUGAUGCGAUCCAGACAAUAUCCUUGGGGAACUGUACAAGUUGAGAAUGAAUCACAUUGUGAUUUUGUUAAGCUUAGAGAAAUGCUUAUCAGAACAAAUAUGGAAGAUAUGCGCGAAAAAACUCAUAACCGUCACUAUGAGUUGUAUCGCAAGAAAAGGCUAGAACAGAUGGGAUUCAGCGAUGUGGACAGUGACAAUAAGCCAGUUAGUUUCCAACAGACAUGUGAAGCAAAACGCUCAACUCACUUACAAGAAUUACAACAAAAAGAAGAUGAAAUGCGUCAAAUGUUUGUAGUGAGAGUUAAAGACGCAGAAUCCGAAUUAAAAGAAGCUGAGAAAGAGCUGCACAAUAAAUUUGAUAAAUUGAAAAAAGACCACUCUGAAGAGAAGAAAAAAUUGGAAGAAAGUAGAAAAAAAUUAGAGGACGAUAUUCAAGAAUUGAAUAGAAGGAAAGCGCAGAUUGCUAUGCAAUCUCAAUCUCAUCAUACUCUGACACUUGGGAAGAGCAAGAAAAAAUGAACCUUACUUUGUUCUGAUUUGCAAACAGGCAUUUGAUGACUGGUGAUAAUGCAUUGCUAUUCCGACAAAAAUGUCAUCUAAAAUUCAAUAUACAUUUGAACUUUUUUUAGCUUUGUAUUUUAAUAAUUCAAAGUUUAUAAUAUUGAUUCGAACAUAUAAAAUGUUUUGAAUAUUAUAACCAAAAAAAAAAAAUACUUCAACUAAUAUAAUCGAGUAUUUAGAAAUUGUAGUAUAAAAUAUUUUUAACGAUAGAUAUAAUCUAUAAUACAUUUGAUAAUCUUUAUACAAGUCUUAAAA